AUGUACAUCUUCAAAUUAAACCUCCUGCUGUGCACCCUCACCUUCCUCCUACUCCCCCUAUUCAUCAACCCAUCCUCCUGUUUCAUUCUAAACCACACAUUCGAAGACGGUCUCUACCAAUUCCAAUGGGGCAAAGCCGGGGACUCGAAAAGAAUACCCCCCAACAUCACCCGCUACUUCUUCGACGACAGCGACUCCAUCCCAUACACGAAAGGUCUAAGCAACAUCGACAAGCUUUUAACCAAGAGAGAGUGCCGCCUCGAGCCCGGAACCCUAGACGAGGACGACAGGAUACUCGCGACGCGCGCCCUGAUGAACUGGUGCGAGCAGAAUAGCCUCAAGUCAAAGUCUGUUGUCCUCUCCGUCGUCAAGAACGUGAUAGUCUACGUGUCGUUCUGGGAAUGGGGCCGCAGGGACUUUAGCCUCGCGAAUGAGGGUUACUGCUCGGCCAAGGAUCUUCAAUACGCUUUUGAUCAUAUGGAUGAGAAGUGUGGACCGGGCAGCACGUCAGUCAUGUAUACCUUUAUUUUGAACAGGUAUUUCGGUCGCUGCCGAAGAAUGGACAACAUGUUCUGGGGUGGGUAG